ACACACAUACACACACAUACACAUACACACACUCGGUAUAUAUCCCCACAUCAGGUCCCCUUGACUGUCUCCUUCACACAGUGGGCUCGCAGGCAGACACAGCUGACUUUCACCCGAGCUGGCCGCUGUCCUUGCAGUAACGAGAGGCAAACAGGGAGCUUGCAAUGAUCUCGCUGGACUUCAAUUUCAACAUUUUGACUCGGGACCUGUCGCAUUAUCUGGAAAAUCAAGUGAAAGUUGGGCUGUUCGGGUCGGGAGUGGGACUGUCCCUGGUGCUGGGCUUUAGCGCAGCGUACACCUGCUACUAUCUGCUCUCAGUAGCGAAGAAGCCACAGCUCAUCUCAGGGGGCAAGAAGUUCUACCACUUUCUGAGGGAGCAAUGUCCGGUAGUGUCAGAGACCUACUACCCCACCUUUUGGUGCUGGGAGAGCCGCAUCCAGACUCUGCUGAGACCCUUUGUCACAGCCAAACCUGGAGUCGUCUACAGAAAUGAGCUUAUUAAGGCAGCAGAUGGAGGACAGAUCUCUUUGGAUUGGUUUGACAACGACGAGAGCCUCUCUCAUCCCGACCCGGCCACUAGGCCCACAGUCCUCCUCCUCCCCGGUCUGACCGGCACCAGCCGAGAGUCCUACAUCCUGCACAUGGUCCAACAGAGCCGGGAUCUGGGCUAUAGAUGCGUGGUUUUCAACAACAGAGGAGUUUCUGGUGAAACGCUGCUGACCCCGAGGACCUACUGUGCAGCCAACACAGAGGAUCUGGAGACUGUUAUUGAGCACAUCCAAAGGACGAAUGAAGCUGCUCCAAUCAUGGCUGCUGGAGUAUCAAUGGGCGGGAUGAUGCUUGCCAACUACUUGGGUCGCAAGGGCCGGGAGACCUGUCUGAGGGGGGUCGUCGUCUUCUCAGCAGGCUGGGAUGUGUUUGAGUGCACCGCUUCACUGGAAAAACCCCUGGACCGCUUCCUCUUCAACUCCUACCUCACCAGCUGCCUACAAGCCUCUGUGCACAGACACAGACCAGUGCUUGAAAAGUGUUACGACAUCGAUCAUGUCAUGAAGGCAAAGACCAUUCGUGAGUUUGACGAGAGGUUCACCUCCAUAAUGUUUGGUUAUCCUACCAAUGAUGACUACUACCAUGAUGCCAGUCCUGUCCACAGGCUGAAAUCUGUGCAGGUGCCAAUGCUGUGUCUGAACGCCGCUGAUGAUGUCUUUUCCCCAUCUCAUGCCAUUCCAGUGGAGGCAGUGAAGCAGAACCCCAACCUGGCCCUGCUCAUUACCUGCCACGGCGGCCAUAUUGGUUUCCUCGAGGGCCUAUGGCCUCGACAGAGCACUUACAUGGACCGAGUCUUCAAGCAGUUUGCUAAGGCGGUCAUCGAAAAAGGCAGCGGACUCCAAGACCUCUCGUGAUAAGAGAACUUAACAAAGUGUUCCUCUACUUUUACUUCCUCUCUCUCGUAUGCCUUUCUUCUUUCUUUCCUUCCUUCCUUUAAUGUUUUUUUUCAUUUUUGCCAUCCAUCUUUACUUACUGCAUUCCAUGUUUUUUUCCUUUCAUUUUUAUUCAAUACAUCUUUGUUUUUCUUUCUUCACCCCUUUCCUUGACCUUUUACCCUCUGUCACCCUUGCCCUUCAUUCCUCCUUUCUGCAUUCCAUCCAUCCUCUAUUCCUUCCCUCUCUACCUGAUCCCGUUCUACCUAUUUCCUUCCUUCCAUUGACUUUAUUUUAUCUUUGCCCUUCGUCCUUCCGUCCCAUUCUUCCUCCCGCCGCAAGCAAAAAACAAAAAAUGUUCUUUCUCAUUUGAAGGGCACAUCUUAAUGAAUGCAGCGUUUGUGUUGCGUUCAACGUUCAUUUAUUUAUUCCAUGCAGUUAACAGGUCAUUGUAUGUAAUCAUGCUCUCAGUGGUAUGCUUAUUGGAGAAAAAAAAAAAAACGAGCAUAGCUGUUCAUGUCACUGUUGAAAAGCUGAAUCUGUGCCCAUCUUGUUUAGUUGCAUUAGCUAGCUAAAGAAUUCUGCAAUUACCUUGUGCAAUAAUGUUCUUUUGAAGUUAACACAAGUACUGUACAUGAAACUCCAAUCAUCUCUGUUCAUGAACCUGUAGUACUUAUAGCAGUAGGAUUUUAGCCCUCAGGGAUUUUCUUUAUUUACUCAUAACUUCCUGUGUAAAUUUGCUUUGUCAAUCAGUCUCAUUUAGUUUGUGUUUUCCUUGUUUAAAGGUAGGUGUUAUUGACAUACAGUUGUUUUUUUUCUUUAAAGUAAUAGUUUUAUAUUUUGGGAAAAACGCACAUCUGCUUUCUUGCGGAGAGUUAGAUAAGAAGGUUGAUACCACUUUCAUGGCAGCUUAGCUUAGCAUAAAGACUAGAACCAGGGGACACAGCUAGCUUGGCUCUGUCUAAAGGCAAUCAGGGAACCCAUGCGCUUAUCAUGAUUUAGCCUCUGGGGGCAACAGCCAAUAUUUCCAGCCAGCGUGUAGCCAGCGGAUAUCUGGAAAAUAUAUCUGCUAAUAUAGGCUUGGAUCAGUACCAAGACUUUGUCCUCCGUGCACCGGUCAUUCUUUACUGUCCAAUUAGCAAUGGAGAAUGGAGUUAGAGUUGAGCAAUGAUAAUUUAUUUUAUUUAUUUAUUAUUUUAUUUAGAAAGCGCAUUUCAAAACAGAAUUACAAAGUGCUUUACGUGUCAAUAAUUAAAAUGGAUAAGACAUGAAAACAAGAAUUUUUAAAAGAACUGAUAAAAACACUUUGGUGUAUAAAAACAGAGGAAAUAAAAGACAGUUUAAAUGAAAAUAAAAUUUGAAUAAAAUCAGAAAAGGCCCUCUGAUAAAAGUCUGUUUUAAGAAGGGACUUACAACAGAUCACUGACUCGGACAGACUGUUCAAGAGCCUCAGGGCCCUGACAGCAGAUGCCUCAAAGUACGUCCUGGCGUGUACGGCACUAAGAGGUCGGAGAUAUAUCUGGGAGAGAGACCAUGAAGAGCCUUAAAAGUAAUCAGUAAAAUUUUAAAAUCUAUUCUAAAACAUACCAGUCAGUCAGUGUGAAGAGGCUAAAACUGGAGUGAUGUGAUCACGUCUCUUGGUUCUGGUUAAAAGCCUGGCAGCUGAAUCCUGUACAGUCCGGAGUCGAGUAAUAGAUUUUUAAAUCAGGCAAGAAAAGAGGCUGUUGCAGUGAUCGAGGUGAGAAGAGAUGAAGGCAUGUAAAAUUGUCUCUGUGCCUUUUAACUUUAAAAGUUAAAAUGGAUGAUCUCUAUAAACAGAUAUGUGAAUAUGAAUGCAGAUAGAUUUUUUAAAAAGGUAAAUCCCUGUCAGACAGUGGCCGAUGAGUUUCGAUAGAUGGAUGGAUGCACUUUGGCCAGUGCAUUCCACCUCCUGCCCACCUUUUCUUCUUCAUGUGCUCUGUUUACCUACAUGCAACCAAAAGCCUCUUAACGAUCGUUUGAUACUACUCUUGACUAUGAACAGAAACCCGAACACUUGCCUUCAGAUUCUGCGUUCUGGUGCAGUGGUUAGCGUUGUCACCUCACAGCAAGAGUGUUCCAGGUUCGAACUGGCCGGUCGGCUUGGGCCCUUCUGUGCAGAGUUUGCAGGUUCUCCCCAAGUCAGCGUGGGUUUUCUUCGGGUUCUCAGUCAGUUGUUGACUAUAAGCGUGAGUGGUUGUCUGUCUCUAUGUGUCAGCCCUGUGACAGUCUGGUAACCUGUCCAGGGUGAACCCUGCCUCUCACCCAACGUCAGCUGGGAUAGGCUCCAGCCCCCCCGCGACCCUUAACAGGAUAAGCAGUUAUGGAAAAUGAAUGAAUGAGAAAAUCCACCUACAAACAGAUUUUUUUUUAACCCCAGAGCUGAGCUGUUUCCCUCUGCCUCCAGUCUUUAUGCUAAGAUAGAGUCUCAUAUUUAUUGUACAGACGUGAGAGCGGUGUCAAUCUUCUCAUCCAGCUCUCCGGAAGAACGCAAAUGAGCAUAUUCCCCAAAAUGUCAAUCUUCUCCUUCCAUUAACCUUCUGCAUGCACUUUUAUGUUCACACAUUCUACCUUUACGCACACCAAAUAGUUCUACAAAUGUAUUAUACGGAGAAUAAUUCAUUAAUGACAAGGAAUGUGAAAUUGCACUAUUUUAGUUGAUACUACCAUGCCUCUAAUUCCUUAAUGCCAGGCACUUCAUUUCAUUCGAUAUAUGAAAGUAUAUCCCAAAGGCCAGACAGAGCAGUAUAUGAAUUCCAUGAGGUUUUCUUUGUGAAAAUGUCGGUGGUUAGUUCUGUAAGUAAGUCCGAGGGUGCUAGAUACAGUAAUGUGAAUGAAGUAAUGUACACAGGAAGACGGAGAGUGUACAUAUGUGGCUGUUUGAAGUGCUGGAUGUUGCUUUAUGCAAAGUAUUGGUAAGAAACCUGGUUGUCAGUCGCUUCUGGUUCUGUUUCGCCAACAAUGAUCAAGGGGCUGGCUACCGUGCAUGAGUUGGCAUCGAUGAAACGAUCAGAUCCGGCGUGGCAGCCAGGCUUUCAGUAAUGCACCGCACGAGGGAUUUUUGACUUCCUGUUCGUGUGGAAUUUUGGUGUCUGUUUGUUCUGCCAAGUUGUCCAUUGAGUAGCAUGUGUCUCAUCAGCGUCAUCAUGUCCUGCACCUUAACACCACUUCUGUAGCACAAAGGACAUGUUUGGUUGUUUUUCAUAUAGAUGCUGCAUUUCAUUUUGUACACUACAUUAAAAGAAGAAGAAAAAAUGUGUGCAGCAAUAAGAUUUUAAAUUAAAAAAUGGUCUCUGUAGUAUAAUUACCAGUAUAUGCACAUUAUCACCAUGAGUGUAAUAUGCUGUAUUUAAUAAAUUAUUAAACAGUCUCGGUCCAUUCGUCUGCUGCGUCUCCUCAUUCUGCUUCUCAUGCGUUUUCUCAGCAGAGUUUAUUGGACUGCUCCACUGACCGUGAGCUGCAGGUUAGAAUAACUCACUGGGUUUGUCUUUUGUCAGCACUUUCUUUCUUUCUUUCUUUCUUUCUUUCUUUCUUUCUUUCUUUCUUUCUUUCUUU